UGAUGUUGUUUAUCUGGCACAGAUCUACUUUAAUAAGGUGCUUAUGGGUCAGUACAACAGCACUUUGGGGAAAUAUGUCGGCUACACAGAGAAACUGAAAGAAGUUGCAGAUGAACUCAACAAAAACGAACGUUUCUUGGAGCAAGAAAAAAAGAACGAACAGAAGUGCAGAACCAACGUCCCGCUAGUGUUUAAUGUGCUUUCAAUACCAGUUGAGCCCACAGUCAAGCUGAGGUUAGUUGAGUCAGCAGAAAGUGAACAUCCAGGCAUGUUGAUGUGCAGCGCGUACAACUUUUAUCCCAAACAAAUCAAACUGACAUGGCUGAGGGACGGAAAGGAGGCAACAUCUGAUGUCACGUCCACUGAGGAGCUACCCAACGGAAACUGGCUCUACCAGAUUCACUCCUACCUGGAGAUUAUACCCAAACCUGGAGAGAACAUCAGCUGCAUGGUGGAGCACGCCAGCCUCAUGAAGCCCAAAUUUUAUGACUGGGAUCCAACAUCUGAGGCAGAGAAGAAUAAGAUUGCUAUAGGUGUAGCAGGGCUGCUGCUGGGUUUGGUGUUUGUACUCGGUGGAGCUGUUUUCUACAAGCGGAACACUACAAGCCGGAUUUUGGUGCCAACAGGUUAAUCUACCUGUUUGGAGGUACUGUCUGAAGGUGGAAUCAUCUAAGAAACAAUGGCAGCAAAUGGAAAAAAAUCAUUUUGAGUUUGCCAAUUGG